AUGGUACCUUUGAACAUAGGCGAUGAGUUGGAUGGGAGAAAAUCCGCCUUGAUAAAGAAAUCCCAGAUUCAAAAUCACGACCUAACAAACCUCACUCCAAAACCCCGCCCCAGGCCACUCACUCCACCACUUCCGAACAAUAAACAUCUCAAACCUCAAGUCCACUCAACUAGUCAUGGAUGGCGAUUAUCACUUUCAAAACUUUCAAAACGACGCGAGCAGCAAUCUACCUUCGAACAAACCCAGUCUCCUCUAUUCGAAUGUCUACCUACCGAAGUCCGACUUCUGAUUUGGGAACAUUAUCUUUGUAGCUGUAUGCUUCAUAUUGUCCUACCAAACCAGCACAAAUGGAAACGAUUCCAGAAGCAAAUUGUUGGGAUUUUAUGCAGCGAAACUCGUAAUUUCUGUCCAUGCAGUCAUCAUUGCUGGGGACCGCUUGCUCGUCGGCCUGUGGGUAGCGCAGUUACCCACAUGAACUAUGGGUCAUAUUAUCACGAAAACUCCGAGUGGAAUUUUGAUACGAGAAAAGUCAAUUUUGUACCACUUUUACAAACCUGUCGAAGAGUAUACUUGGAGGCCAUUGAUAUCAUCUAUCAAAAGAACACGUUCCUCUUUAACCACACUGAUACAAUCGUUGAUUUUUCGAAUAUACUUCUACCACAUCGCAUGAGCCUGAUUCGUACUUUGCAGCUCAGUUUUCCGGACCCUGGCGGUCCAAGUUGGAAGGGAUGCUGCCAGGUUCUCGCAACGAAACUGCCUGGUCUGAAGACCUUGACCAUUCAUUUGUAUCCACAUGUCACAAAUCGUUUGGAUGAUUGGCUUAUACCGCUACAUCAGAUUCAACAACCCACAGUCUUUGAGGUCAUGCUGAUCAAGCCAUGGUAUCUGGAUCCGCAAUGGGAAAAGUCAAUCGGACUUGUUAAUGCGCCCUUUCAAUUCUCCAUUGUUGAUGCACAAAGGCACGGCUUGUUGAAAACUAAGGGGAACUACUCUGAUUUUACAAUUGAGAACUCACAGUCAUAG